CAUAAUUUAAGUAUCAAUCGAUAUAAUUUAAUGAAAGUCAUGCAUUAUAUACACUGACUUUCAUAAAAAUAUAACCUUGAGGAUCAUCGACGUCAAUUUCUGACUGUCAUGUUGACAUAAUAACACGGACUGUUUUGAUAAGAGUUAUCACGAAAUUAUUACAUACAAGUUAUUCAAACACCUGACAUGGCUGAAAACCGCGCAAUUCUCUACGCUUAUUGGCUGUCAUCAUGCUCAUGGCGUGUGCGUGCAGCCCUGCAUUUGAAAGGGAUUCCAUUCGAGGAGCGAUCUAUAGACAUUGUGAAGACCAACCAACAGAAAACUGAACAGUUCCGCGCCAUCAAUCCUGCUGAGAAAGUACCUGCUUUAAUUAUAGACAAUGUGACGCUAGUCGAGUCGAUGGCUAUCGUGCAAUAUUUGGAGGAUACUCGCCCAGAGCCAGCCCUAACUCCGAAGACUCCUGUGCUAAGAGCUAGAAUGAGGGAACUGUGUGAGGCGGUGGUCUCCGGCAUCCAGCCAUUACAGAAUAUCGGUUUAAGAUCUCACUUCGACACUACAGAACAAUACACCAAGUUCACCAAAUACUGGACUGACCGUGGCUUAAAGACUUUGGAAGAUCUUCUGCAGAAAACUUCGGGAAAAUGUUGCGUCGGAGAUCAGAUCACGUUGGCUGAUUUGUGCUUUGUGCCGCAACUGUAUAAUGCUGUUACAAGGCACGCACUGGACAUCAGUAAAUACCCAACAGUUUCCAAACUAUACGAAAGUUUGUUAAAAGAGAAAGUUUUUCGAGAAACUCAUCCAGAAAAUGUGAAAUCGAAAAUGUAAAAUACUUACUAUUUGUAACGUAUUGGUACGUUAAAAUGUAGAAGCGCGCCGUUGCCAGAUUAAUAAUUCAGACGCGAAAAUUGUAUUGUUCUUUUCCUACAAUGUGUAUUUAAUCCUUCUAACAUAAAAUCAGAAAUAACGACUCGGACAGCCUUCCAGAAUAAAUUCGAAGUACAUUUAGACAGCUUCAGAUGAGGACUUUUGAAAUAACAUUUUAAUUAAAACUGUAUCAGAAUUUUUAUUUACUUUUGCCAUGUUUCAAACGUUAACAAGAUAAAUCAAUCUUACAUUAAAUGUA